AUGGAAAUAGAACCUAACCAAGGAGACCAGAUUCCAAUACCUGCCUUCGACCCAAACGAAAUCCCUAGAGUCCCAGCACUAAACCCUCUAGCAUAUGACCCAUGGAAUGACGAACAUAGGGAUUAUCAAGAACUCUACCCACAGGAGGAACCCAUACCAAACCCAUUAGCACCAUACCCAAACCUUGACCCUCUAGAUCCAUACUGGGAUGUUGAUCGGUAUGUUCGGGAAAUACUAGAAAACCCAUACCCAUAUGGAGAACCCGUACCACCAUACCCUGACCCGAUACCUGCACCACCACCACCCAUGAGUACCGAAAAUGUGCAGGAACUCUGCACGUUUGGUGAGGAGUUAUUAGAUGAAAGUGAAAGAAUACGACAAAUAGGGGAGAGGCUCGUUUGGAAAUACGACGAGCGCAAUAUGCAAUACUGGAUGAACCCCUAG